AUGUAAGUAGGAGGAAAACCACUAGGUUAUUGGAAGAAUAAAACUGAUAUUCUACUUUAAUACAAGGAAAAUACAAGAUAAAUACAGAGGAAGAAUCGCUACCAAAAAGAAAAAUUUUAAAAGUAAUCAGCAACUCAGAACAAUUUAUUUGGAAGCAAUAGCAAUAUUAGUGAUUUGAACUCAAAUGGUAAUAAAGAAUCUCUACUAAUAAAAGAUAAAUUUAUAGAAGAUAAAAAUGCAAUUACAAUCGAAUUGAAGUCAAAUAAUUUGCCUCCUGAAUGGGUCGAUUACUAUGAAAUAUGUAUUUAGAAGUUAAGAUAAAUAGAAUCAAUAUAGCAGUAAAUUGCAUAAAAAGGCAGAGAAAGACUGAAAAGAGGAUUCGGCGAUAAUUCUGCUCUUGAUAAUUAAAUUUAUGAUUUAACUAGAGAAGCAAAUCAAAUGAUUAAAGAGUGUGAACGUAAGAUAUAACAAAUAGAUGAAGUGGCUGCUCUAAAAAGAGAAUCAGCUAGUGAGCAACAGAUAAGAAAAAAUGUAAAGAGUAGUCUAGCUUAAUAAAUUUCUGAUAUCACUAUUCGUCUUCGUAAGUAAUAGAAAGCAAUCUACGACACUCUCAAAAAGAAUGGUAACUCAACUGAUGAUUUUGGUAACACCUUUAUGCCAUUUAAUGACAUAGAGUCUCAAAAAUAAAGCCAAGUACAAGACGAUAUUUAUGAAGAAAUUGCAAAAGGAAGAGAAAAAGAUAUUAAUCAGUUAGUUGACCAAAUUAACGAGUUAUCAGAUAUUUACAAAACUCUGCAUGUCCUUGUAAUUGACUAAGGAACACUUUUAGAUAGAAUUGACUUUAAUAUUUCAGAAACUAAAAAUAAUGUUGUAAAAACAAAUUAACAGUUAAAGAAGGCCCUUAAACAUUAAGAAAGUCCUUUUGCACAACGAGUAAUACAUGCUUUAAUUGGUUUUAUAGUCUUCUUUUCUUUAGUGCUGAUUUUAAAAUACACUUCUUGA